AAUUAGUUAAUUCUAUUUCAUUUGGGGGGUUUUGGUUUAUUUAGACUUAUAUAGCAAUGACGCGCUCUAGUAAUUUUCUUAUUUCGUUCUUAUUAUUUUUCCUAGUUUAUCGUGUAGAAGCUAAGCCUAACCUUAGAGUUGCUGCAUUGGGUGAUUCUGUAGCUUCUGGAGAAGGUACUUUAUAUGGGUUAACCUAUAAUCCCUGUUACACCACCAGUCCCAAUUACGCCAUUCAGUACCUUCGUACGAUAUGGAAUGGACCAACAGAUCUUCAUCCACACUGGCUAGGACCGUAUCCUGAGUGUCAUCGUUCUCCUUUUGCUUCCGUUUUUCAAUUGCCUUUUUACGUCAACCAGACCAAAGCAAGUGUAGAAGUUUUCAAUUUUGCUUGUACGGGCGGUGCCAUUCACAAUGGUCUUUUAGAACCUCAGCUUUCCAAAAAUGCAACACUCUCUCAACUUCAACAACUAGUUGAUAGUUGGUCGGCCAUUUCCUGGUCGGACGAUGAUAUUCCUAUCCUCGUGUUGAGUUUUGGAGCGGAUGAUGGGCAGCCAACACCUUUGGAUGAAAUUGCAGCGGUAGUGAAACAAGCAUAUGAUCAGUAUAUUGCCCAGAUUUUAGUGGAUACAGCUAUUUAUCAAGUUUCGCUUGACGUAGGUGUCUCUUUGCAAAAUGUCCUCAAUACGAUACAACAACUGAAUUUAUCGACCUCUUCAUUAACAAGCACUCGAGUAUUUACUUCUAGUGAAUAUGUCAAAGCUAUAAGUUAUCUUAAAGGCAAUGUUAGUGCUGCUAUUCACAAAAUGCCGCAUAUCAUUGUACAAACCUAUUAUUCACCUUUGAAUCCAACCAAUGAAAAUAAUCUCUUACAAUGUCCCGAUAUGGCUGGUUUGGUGAACAACAGUACCAAAAUAACACAAAUCAAACAAUUGUUGGAAGAACUCAACUCCAAAGUGCUCACUGCAGCAACCGACAGUAGUUCUUAUGUCAAUGAUAUUCGCGAAUUGAUGAAACAUCAUGAAUAUUGUAGUGGCCAUGAGGAAUGGGCAUAUGGUCCGACAGUCUCGUUGGAAGAAGAUAUUGAAACGAUCUUUUCAGAGGUUCCUAUUUUAGCAGCGUUAGGUCCUGUUGCUCCGCAAGGUAAUUAUGGAGUAUCGGCAUUUCAUCCAGUUCCUGCAGCACAAAGUAGAAUUGCGGAAUAUUUAUGGCACACCAUUGAAAAAGAUAUUUUGAUAUGAAGAAUAGUCGCGAUGAUGACAGCUCCA